AUGGCAACAACUGCAAAGGUUGACUGGGUCAAUCUCUGGCUAGAUUCCAACAUGAUCGACGGAGGGAAAGCCUACGCCCCAACUCCUUUCCCGGCUCUACCCGAGCUCUUCGCGGACCAAAUAGAAGAGCAGAUCAACCCUGCACUAGAUCCUUACUUCCAAGAUAUCCCAUUCAACAAUGCCAUGCAAGAGCAAGACCCGGCGUUGGCCGAAUUAAUGGGACCCGACACAAAUGGUGAUCUCGAUUCUUUCGACCCGAUGUUUGAAUGUCUGCUGCCUGCCUUCUCCACCAUUGACGCUCCCAAUUCUGAUCAAAACAUUCCUCCCCUCGGGUCGCCAGCGCCAUCAGAAGAAUCCUGGAGCCAGAAAACCUCUUCCUCAGAAUCGGAAAGCCGCCCCUCCCGCCGAAAUUCUGUUCAAGGCAAAGCCAAAAAUCACCGCACCGGACGUCCUAAGAUCUAUGAAGGAUCGCCACAAGAUCGCAACCGCCAAGCCGUCAAAAAGAAUCGCCAAAAGCAAAAGGAGGAGGCGUUGGCCGAUAUCCUCGAGAGCUUCCAGAGAUUGCGCGAGAGCUACAAUCCCGGCCAGGGAAUCAGCUGGCACAACGUUGAGCGCAUCUUAAAACCGCUUUACGUUAGAAACGCUGAAGGUCAAAUCUUCGCCAAUACGAUAAUCGAGCGACAAAAGGCGAUCUCGAAGCUUAAGUACCGAAAUCCCUGUAAUAGUCGUGGAGCUCGUAAG